AUGGCUUCUGUUGACUCCGCCCUUGGCACCGCGCGUGACGUCCUGCAGUCGGAGAUGCAAUCACGGCGUGUUCAUGGGGUUUUGGGUGUUGUGACGGAGGUGAUGCUGGAUGUGGGGAGUGUGGUCUUCAUCGACCCGCUGCAGCUUGAGCCGCGGCUGAACGGGUUCCGCAGGCACGUGAUCCACCUGUCGCCGACGCUGGAGCAGCAGUUCUUCGUGCUUGCGGAGUACCUCGGGAACACGAGUGUCCGUUCGGCGCACGCGGUGAUCCGCGGCGAGGAGGCAGCUGCGGUGGCGGAUGUGCUGCGGCGGUCGCUGGUGACGUUCGGCGGGUCGCUGCGGUCCCCGACGCUGCUGGCCGGCGGCGACGCGCUGGCGGGUCACCUGCCGGCGGAGGGCGACGUGUUCGUGGCGGGGCUUGCGGCUGGCGACGUCGCCGCGAUCGCGAAGCACGUGGCGUCGCAUGGCCGUGUGCGUGUGUUCGUUGCGUUCUCCGAGUUUGCGCUGCUGCACGCCGACUUCGUCGCUGCGUUCGCCGGCGGUGCGGGUGCCGACCGCGUUGUGUUCGCGACGAGCCUGCCGCACUGGAACGAGACGAACUCGACGUCGAAGACCGCCCAGGAUUUCAUCCGCAGUGUGCCCAACGCCACGCAACGGACGCCGCUGUCGCUGAGGGCUUUCGCUACCGCGCGGCUGCUGCAGACUGUUCUCUCGCGCAUGGACAAGGUGAAUGCUGACCUGCUGGCUCACUUCUUCUACAUGAACAUCGCUGUCACCGUGGAUGACAUGCUGUACGGAUCCUUCGCUAACGACACGGUGUGCGACGCAGCUGGCGGUGCUGGGUGCGGUAAGAACUACGGGGCGACGUUUAUUUCUGUGUGGUCGCUUGCCCGUGCGCUGGACCCCGCCGUGCCCGUGCUGUUCCCCGCCGUGACCCCGUCGAUGCAGUACGCGGAGCCCGGUAGCUGGCUGACGAUGGCGCAGCUGAUCGGCAUCAUCGUCGGCGUGGUGCUGCUGCUCACCAUCGUUGUGGCUGUGGUGGUUGUGGUGCUGCACUUCUGCCGCAACUCGCGUGACAACGCGAAUGCGCCGAAGGAGCCGACAGACCCCGUGACGCUCGUGUUCACCGACAUCGAGAGCAGCACGGCGCUGUGGUCCGCGUGUUCCGAGUUGAUGCCCGACGCCGUGGCGACGCACCACCGUCUGAUCCGCGUGCUGAUCGCGAAGUACGGCUGCUACGAGGUGAAGACGGUCGGCGACUCGUUCAUGAUAGCGUGCAAGAGUGUGUUCGCCGCGGUGCAGCUUGUGCGUGAGCUGCAGCAGGUGUUCCUGCGGCACGAGUGGGAGACGAGUGCGCUCGACGCCGCGUACCGAAAGUUUGAGGAGGGCCGGGCGGAGGAGACGGAGGGGUACGUGCCGCCGACUGCGCGCCUGGACGCCGCUGUGUACCGGCAGUACUGGGGCGGUCUGCGGGUGCGUGCGGGGGUGCACACCGGGCUGUGCGACAUCCGGCGCGACGAGGUGACGAAGGGGUACGACUACUACGGCGACACGGCGAACAUGGCGGCGCGCACGGAGAGCGUGGGGAACGGCGGGCAGGUGCUGCUGACGCGUGCG